UAUUUUGCCGAAUCGUUUUAUUUUAAUUUAUGUCGUUGAAAAAUUUUAGUAGUAUUUUAUUAAUAUCGCUCAUAUUUUUCGCGUUAUUGUGUUUCCGAUUCCGUGUUGAAUUGUGUUAACAUAAACAUUCGUGUCCUGUAAUCGCAAUAAAAAUUGGUGUUGUUUCAGAUGAGGGUUUGAAUGAGAAAAGUGUCUUGGAAAAAAUUAACGUGAUAAUGGAAGAUAUACGCACUAAACAUAAAACAAUACAAAAUGCUGCUCAUCACAUCGCUUUGGAGUGUAUGCACCCGCAGUGUAGUUUGUUCAUCUAUGUCUGUAUCCUUGGAUAACACAGCCAGCACAUGGAUCUCCUUACCAUGUACAUCCUUAUCCUUCUCCUAUCCGUCUUCAACAUGCUUUUCAAGCUCAACCAAGUCCAAAGAUGUUUCAUCCAAAGGGCCUGAAGCCUCUUUUUGAUACUAAAUCAAAUGGAACACCAAAUGAUAGCCCAAUUCUUGGUCGGGCAUUAUGUCUUACUCCACGUGCAAGUCCUCUUCCAGGACGCAUUUCACACCUAAAUGAAAAAUUUCAAGAAUCUCUUGUACUCAAUUCUGAUACAGAGGCUUUAGUUGCCAAGAUAAGUGCCAUGUUCCCUACUGUCAGUGAAACACACAUCAAGAUAUUACUGAAGAAGUACUACAACCGUGAAGCUGUAGUAAUAAGUGCUCUCCAAGUAGAAAAACACCCAAUCACUACUCCAGGACCAUUAACUGCAUCUCCAUCAGCUUCGAGACUACACAAAGGUGCUAUGGGAAUUCACUCAGCUUUACAGUUAGCAAAAGGAGUUUCUGGCUCUUUGCAUGGAUCAUGUCAUUCCCCAUUUACAUUGACACCACAAGGUUCACCAUUACUAUUACGUCCAAAUUCAGGUGCAUCUAGUUAUUACGGAACAACAAAAUCAUAUGAAGGUGGACAAACUAUAAAACAUCAAUCUCCUAAAAUGAAAUUGAAAUAUCUAAAAAGUGUGUUCCCAAAAGCUGAAGAAACAUUGAUUUUAGAUGUUCUAGCAAAUAAAGACAACAAUGUACAAAUGGCCAGUGAAGAGCUUAUUACUCUAGGAUUUAGUAAGAAACAGACCAUAAUAAUACCUGUCAAACAAGAGUCUCCUCUGCCAGUCAAAAAAACCAUCACAUUAAUGAAAACUACGGAAGAAAGAAAACUAAUUAAGGAAAACUUCCAGAAAAAAUACAGUAGUAUAGCAGAAAGAGUAGUAUCUAUAGCUCUUGAAAGCGUCGAUUAUAAUGAAGAAAGAGCUGAACAAAUAUUAAAUGUGGUAAUGCAAGAAGAUGCCCAGGCCCCGAAAUCGGUAACAGUCACACAGGCGAAGGAGAUAAAACGCGCAGAAACUCCAGAAACAAAAUUUUGCGUCGAUGAAGAGGAAACGACCCCAGCGCCCGCCCCUGUUACACGCCGUAUCAAGACAUGGACGGAACAUUUGAAGCCGAUACUUAAAUCUUCACCGAAUACCGAACCGAAAUAUAAGUCGCAAUACUCUGGGCCUCGUAAUGGUCCUAAUCCAAAGCUUAGGCAAGGGCCAAAGGACAAUUUGUUAUUGGAGGACUAUAUGACCUGGAAUGGCCCAAAUCCUAAACUUCGCAUCGGCCAAACUGUUAAAGCCGAUGGUCCAGAAUCACGGAAAAAUGCGUUCAAGGCCGUCUACGGACCCUCAGGCAGUGCGAAAGGCCCGGCAGGUAUUGCAAAAGGCUCUGUGUACAAACUUAACAAGAAGACCGCAAAAAUUGUGGUGUAAAUGUUACCAAGCUAUUCACCGUAGUAGUAGAUACAAAAGUACGAUGUAGGUAUUAUAAAAGCUCAGAUGUUUCGAUUUAAGAAUAUUUUUUUAAUUAUAUGUUUUAUAAGGAAUAAUUAUUUCUGUAUAUUUUAUUAUCUAGUUAUUUCUUAGUCUGUGAUUUUCGGUAAUUUUAUAUAGCAUAAGUACAUUGGUAAAUUUAUUUUUACGCAUUGAUUCCAAACUUCUUCCAGUGUCAUACGCCGUGUUCGAUAGUAGAUUUAAUCAAAUAUAUUUUUAUUAUACAAUUACAGCUUAAAUUAUGGAUACUAAAGUAAUGAUUUGGACUGAGGUUGAUUUUAAUAUUAUUAAACGUCGACGGUUAUUAUUAAUAAUGCCAGACGGUAACAUACAAGACACACAAACAUGUGUGGUCAAAGCUCUAACUGAUUAAAUCUAUCAUCGAGUUACUUAUUAUUAUUAUCUACGGGAAUUAGCAUUAAUUUUGUUUUCGAUUUAAUUACAAUAUAAACAUAUGUUUUCUCCAUUAAAUUGACUUCCAUUUACCAUACUUCGUGUAUUAUAUUUUUUAUGUAUUAUAGUUAUAAUGUCGGUAAUGAUCAAAUUUGUUUUUUUUUUCGUAAAAUUCGAAGUACCCUGAAUUAAUUAAUAACAAAAAAAAAAUUUCAAAUUUCGAAAUAAGACGACACUGAUGCAUAUUUAUUUAAUCUUCCUUUUCUGUACUGUCUCUUAAAACUGUGCCAAAUUUAAAUCCGUUUGAAUAGAUUUGUAUAAAUUUUACGAAGAAUGUUAGUAAAUUAAAUAUUAAGAUAUUAUUUGUACCAUUUAAAAUAUAGUAUUAGGUGUGAUGCAGUAAAACAGUAUAAUGGAAACAAUUUUAAAGCUCAAUGUUUCUUGAUAGCCAAAACAUCGAUUAUAGUGGUUUUAAAUUAAUGAUUAAGCAAAAUAUUUUGAUCUCAAAAUAAUUCUAGUCUAGUGAUCUAGUCAAUUAGAUAAGUUUGCUGUAAGCUUUUGUCCAAAUAAAAGUUAAUUUUAA